AUGGGGAUUUCUGGGCUCCUGCCCAUUGUGGCUACUAAACUAGUGAAAAGGCAUAUAUCAAGCUACAGGCAUCAGAGAAUAGGGAUUGAUGGGCAUGCAUGGCUAUACCAAAUCCUCUCUUUUGUAGCUGAGGAGAUGUUUUUCAAGGUUCCCACAAGGAAGCAUAUAACCAUGUUCGAAGAGAAAGUAAAGGUAUUAGAGAGCUAUGGGAUUACACCUAUCAUUGUUUUGGAUGGAGAUACACUGUCCAGCAAAGAGGAGACAAAUAGAAAAAGGUAUAUUAAGAAAGACAAGAAUAGAAAAGAGGCUGAGCACUGGUUGGUAAAAAACGAUCCGGAAAAGGCCAAAGGAUUCAUGCGGCAAUGUAUUGCCGUUACAAAGGAGAUUGUGUCUGAUAUUGCAAGGAUGUUGGAAAGAAUAAAUGUUGAGUACAUUAUUUCACCUUAUGAAUCUGAUGCUCAGCUUUGCUACCUGGAGAGAAUAGGUUACAUAGACUGUAUUCUUACAGAAGAUAGUGAUCUUAUUCCUUAUGGAUCCAAUAGAAUACUUUACAAGUUUGACAACACCUUUGUACAGGAGUUUACCAGAGGCUGUCUUUCAGAAGCAAGAGGCAGGGACUUUGAGGAAAAUAUCCUUGACAUCUCCAUACUGAGUGGAUGUGACUAUUUGGCUUCCAUACAAGGAGUCGGAGUUGUGACUGCUCACAAACUUCUCUCUAAAGAAAAGACUGUUGAAAAGGUAGUUGAGUAUUUACAACACAGAAAGGCUAUUCCAGAUAACUACUUAGACGACUUUUUCAAAGCAAAAAAGACAUUUCUACAUCAGAUUGUAUAUGAUCCCAUACAGCAGAAGAGAAGAUAUCUUCGGGAUGUAAAGGAGAAGCUAGAUUUUCUGGGCACAUUGAAGGAGGAAGAGUACAGAAUUGAAGAUGGCCCUUUGGAGUUGUUCUUCAAGUCCUCAAGGAGAACAAGGGCAAUCAAAAGGCACUUCAUUCCAGUAGCAAGGAAAAGAAGAUCAGAGGCGUCCGAGAUCAAGAAAAGUAAAAGAGAAGGGUGCAGCUCGAAAAUGGAUAUCCAUAUACACUCCCCAUACUUUAAAUAA